AUGGAGUAUUAUCCGUACGAGCCCGCUGAGCGAAGUCCUGACCGCUCUACAUCCUCUCAGUCUUCAUAUGAAUGGGAGCCCGAUACAAUAGAUGUCAGAAACACUCACAAUGGCCGUAUCGAAUUACACAUAAGUCUGUUCAAUCGGUCCUGCUGUAACUUUGAUUACAUAGUGCCCCUAGACAAUACAGAGAACGAGCAACUGGUCCAUAGAAUCCAAUGGGAACGGAUGCAUCUGAUAAGGCAGAAGAUUCAGAUUGAACUGGAUCUUUUCACUGGCCGUCGAUUUGAUGAGGAUGAAUUUCUGCGCCAGCUAAGGCAACUUGCACAGAUAUCGCAUGAUCUGUUGAAGGGCGAGUUUAUGUUGCAUUGCACUAAACGCUGGCCUUUUGAGGCUGCCUUGGGGUCCGGUUACAGACGUUGGACAAUGGGUACAGAGUAA